AAUAGUUGCUUUUUAUUUCAUUAAAUACUUAUUUUCAGUGGAACCUCAAAAGAAGAUACGUAAGAGGGCAAAGCCUCAAAAAAAAUGGAGUGAGGAGGAAAACGAUUUAAUUCUAGAAUAUUUACUAGAAAAUGUGGAAAUUGAGAAACCAAACGCCCAGUUGUACUAUAAAAAAUUAGUUGAAAUAACAAAUAUUGAUGCGACUACGGACAUGUUGCGCUGCAAGGUCCGGUACUGGAAGCAGAUGUAUAACAAAGCUGAGGAGUGGCGCAAAUCGACUGGUGCUGGAAUAGACGUUGGCGAUGAUGUUUCCUCAAUAAAAGCAAAACUUUCACAAAUGUGUCCGAAUUAUGAACGGUUUUCGGUUCUAUUUGGGAGUAAAUCCGAAGCCAAUUGUGUUGUAGAGACGUACAACCCUGAAGUGUCACAAUACUGCAGCGAUUUUGCAGACCUUGUAGAGGUAGUGGAAAUUCCAGCAUCAUCACAAUCAUCUGCGGAACCAUCGGGUUCACUUAACGACAAUGCAGAACAGACAACAGUAGGAGCAGAGGUAGCAACAGAUCUUCCUACCACUCCGUCGUUCCUCGAAAAAGUGAAAAAACGUGCUCCAAAAAAUAUUCUUAGUGAACUUAAAGAUAUACAAAAGAAAAGAGAACAGUUUUUUGAGCAACGAAUAGAAAUUGAAAAAGAAAAGUUAAAUUUGGAAAAGUUAAAGCUAGAAUUGGACAGAGAAAAGAUAAAUAAAGAUUUUGAAAUAAAAAAAUUGGAGUUAGAGCAAAAAGAACGACUGGCGAUGAUUGAACUAAAGUGUAAAUAUAAUAUGUCACGAUUUUAUAUGUAUGUUUUGUAAAAUAAUUCUUAAGAAUGUACAAAUAUAUCUAAAUGUGAUAACUUGAAGUACAACUUUUUAUAUGCAACAACUUUUUAUAUGUAAAAAUGAAAAAUGAAUUUUUGAUGUGAUCAUAAUUUUUAAUUUAAUAAAACAGCAUUUGGAAACAUAAGAUGAUAUAACGAUUGUCUUUUUAAUUCAAAGCUACUUGAGGUCGUUUCUUCCACUUCUUCUUCAUAAAUGUCUUCAUUUGUACUCUCAUUGAAAUUCUUAUUUUCACUGUUAUCAAGUAGUAUAUUGUGAAGAAUGCAGCAUACUAGUAUCCAUUCGUUAAAGUAUUUUUGACUACUUUUAUUUCGAAUUCGAAUCCUGAGCUCUUUUAAACUACAAAAUCGCUCUUUUAAUAAGCCGAAACAGUGUUCAAUUCUUACACGGUAUUUGCUAUGCUGUUUGUUGAAUUUUUUUUCUUUUAAGUAGUUCAAAUUGUUGAGAGUUGCUUCUGUAGGGCGUUAUAAUAAUGUUACUGAGGGGGUAAGCAGAGUCUCCAGCAAUCCACUCCUGUCCUGAAAAAAAUCUUGGCUGAUAUUUGUUUAGUGAACAGUUUUUAAAUAUUUUUGCAUCGUGAGUAGAGCCACUGUAGCCAACGACAACAUCGCGAAUUUUGAGCUUGUAGUCGCAAACCAUUUGAGCUUUAAUUGCAUAUAUAUGAUUUCUGGAAAAGAACGCUUCA